AGUUCUCGCGGGACCCGGACGAGGAGCGGAAGCGAGGCGGCUGUGCUGCUUCGGCUACCGGACGGCGGCGGCGGCGGCGGCGGCGAAGACUGGCGGUGACGGCGAAGGGAACAGGAGCUGCCCUCGAGGAGCAGCAGCGGGGUCGGCGGCCGCUCGCACCGCUGCGGAGGGGCUGGCCAGACGCUGAGCGGAGCAGCUGCGCCACGGGUGGCAUUGUGUGUCCGGAGUGCAGGAGCGAGUCCGAGAAGAGAGGCGAGGCUGAGCCCAGAGCACUGGGUUGCUUCAGCCGGGAAGACUCCCUUCCCCCUGCUUCGGGCUGCUGAGCACUGAGCCCCGCUCAGAAUGGAAGCCAUCGCCAAAUAUGACUUCAAAGCUACCGCAGACGACGAGCUGAGCUUCAAAAGGGGGGACAUCCUCAAGGUUUUGAAUGAAGAAUGUGACCAGAACUGGUACAAGGCAGAGCUCAAUGGGAAAGACGGCUUCAUCCCCAAGAAUUACAUAGAAAUGAAACCACAUCCGUGGUUUUUUGGCAAAAUCCCCAGAGCCAAGGCAGAAGAAAUGCUUAGCAAACAGCGGCACGAUGGGGCUUUUCUGAUCCGAGAGAGUGAGAGUGCGCCUGGGGAUUUCUCCCUCUCUGUCAAGUUUGGAAAUGACGUGCAGCACUUCAAGGUGCUCCGAGACGGAGCUGGAAAGUAUUUCCUCUGGGUGGUGAAGUUCAAUUCUUUGAAUGAGCUGGUAGAUUAUCACAGAUCUACAUCCGUCUCUAGAAACCAGCAGAUUUUCCUCCGGGACAUAGAGCAGGUGCCACAGCAGCCAACGUAUGUCCAAGCCCUCUUUGACUUCGAUCCCCAGGAGGAUGGAGAGCUGGGAUUCCGCCGGGGAGACUUUAUCCACGUCAUGGAUAACUCAGACCCCAACUGGUGGAAAGGGGCUUGCCACGGGCAGACCGGCAUGUUUCCGCGCAAUUACGUCACCCCCGUGAACCGGAACGUCUAAGAAUCGAGAUUAUUUAAAGAGAGUGGAAAAUUUUAAACACAUACAAAAGAAUUAAACCCACAAGCUGCCUCUAACAGCAGCCUGUGAGGGAGCUCAGAACACCUGGCUGGGUCACCUGGUGACCUCCUCUCACUUUGGUUGGAACUUUGGGGGGGUGGGGGGGGAGUUGGAUAUAACAAUGCCAAAACUUACCUAUAAAUUAAGAAAAGAGUUUUUAUUACAAAAUUUUCACCGCUGCUCCUAUUUCUCUUCCUUUGUCCUUUUUUUCAUCCUUUUUCUCUUCUGUCCAUCAGUGCAUGACGUUUAAUGCCACAUAUAGUCCUAGCUGAUGCCAAUAAUAAAAGAGAAGAAACCAAGUGGGCUGAUAUUUUCUCUAUGCAAAAUGUCUUGAGUCGGAACGACAGGAGAACAGCCGUUCCUGUGUUCCGCGUAUAUACACACAAAAGGCGAGGCGGGGGGCCUUGCUGUUGAGCUUCUGCCAGAGGAAGAUGGGGGCGAGCAGGAACCUGCCCUGCAGCCCCCCAGCCCUGCUGGUAUAUUUGGUCAAAGUCCGACGGAGAGAAGGGGUGACGGGGGAGUGGUGCCCCUCAGGCGUCCUGCGAGCCAGGCCCCAAGCUGAUGUCUCUUCCACUGUCUUCCCUUUCCAGUGGUGUUCUCCAGCAUGUUGUUUCUCAUAGUGCCUUUUGCCUCAUUUCAAGGGUUGCUUCUGAGUGGUGUUUUUUAUUUGUUUUGUUUUAAAAUAAGUUAAAGACAGUCAGCCAAUUUGUCUCCUACUCUGUGUAAAUAUUUUCCCCUCGGGGGAGGGAAAGCAGGGUAGAGGAGACUGAAGUGAGGGUGUGGGCGUCCUGCCGUGCAAAGCCAGAGUCUCUCAGCUUUAAUAUCCGUCAGCCCUUCCUGCCCCCCCCCCAAGUUGAAGGGGCCAGAGCCCUGGUAUCUGGAGUCGUUACCCUGGAGCGUAGUGUGACCCAGUUGCAACGCCUCCCCCCCUUAACGCCUGCCUGGAUCCGGCUGAAAGGGGGUCAGGGUUCUUGACCUUGUGGUCUCAGGUGUUGUCCGCCCCCUCCUUAGCCCCAGUGGCCCCCAGGCGCCAGGCUAGUGCCAGCAAGUUUCAGACACAGAAAAGCCCAAGGAGUUGAACUGUAUCAGAUUAUACCAUGUUUCUGCACUGGGGGGAAAAUGUGAGUUUUCACUUUCUUUUUUUUUUUUUUUUGUCCCUGAAAGCUAGAGGUAUCUGUUCAUGGCUCUCACCUUUUGUGUCCCCUACCUGACCUGCCCAGGUGAGCUUAGGGCAGCAUUCAAGAAGCAGCCUGGGUGAUUUUUCAUGUCCCUGUUCACAGCGGGCUGUGUUCAUAGCUGCUCCACCCGACCCCCUGAAAAGGAAAUACCUCCAUGAAGCAGGGACACUUGGAAGGAAGGGUUGCAAAUCUAGGAAGACUGCAACCAUUGCAAAGCUCUUUCUGUCUGCCUCCUGUCGGCUUCUUGUCCCUUGUGGUGAUGUGCCUGCGAACUCUCCCCUCACCCCGUCCCCUUCCCGCAACCAAAACGGGGCCACCAGGACUUGGUGACAGCCUUUGGGUUCUGAAGUGGUCGGUCAGCGUCCCACGGGCUGUGGUCAUAGAGCCGGACUUGGCCGGGAGCAUUGGGAGGCCCCGGAGGCUAGAGCAUCGCCUCUCCCGCCCCCGCUCUGCUAGCUUCUCCUUUCUUCGCUGAUGAUAAAAGGAAUCUCUGGCAUUCUACACCUGGACCAUUUGAUUGUUUUAUUUUGGAAUUGGUGUAUAUCAUGAAGCCUUGCUGAACUCAGUUUUGUGUGUAUAUAUUUAAAAGAAAAUCAGUGUUUAAAUAAAAAGACCUAUGUACUUAAUCCUUUAACUCUGCGGAUAGCAUUUGGUAGGUAGUGAUUAACUGUGAAUAAUAAACAUACAAUGAAUUCUUCA